AUGCCAAUGGAGCGAGAGUCAGAUGCUUGUGAUCAACAUGCUGAAAGUACUGGACUUGUCUCUCCUAGUUGGGACUGCUCCUUGCAUCUUCCCCUUUGGGUUUCCAAUGCAGAGAAAGCAGCUAUUGAAGAUCGCUUGGAAGGAUGGAUCAAGCAAUUAGAAGCCAGUGGAGGUGAUGUUGCAUGCAUUGCAUCAGCUUUGAAAAAGCCGUUACGCCCUCUAUGGGUCUCACAGAAAUCCGUCAUCUGGUUAAAUGAAGUACCUGGAUAUGACUCUUGGGAUUUUACACCUAUCAUGCUUGUUUCUGCAUCUUCCUCUUGUGGCAUUUUGCAACAAAGGACUACCUCAGAGUUUAGCUGGACUUACAUAGCAGGAGCUGGGGAUGAUGAAGAAAGUUGGGCCAGGGGUUUAUCACCUAAUCUUUUCUGGAGCCAUGCGCAUGAGCUUAUAGACUCAGGUCCUGAUUUAUGUAACCAGAAGGUAGCUGAUAUUGUUGAAAAGGACAGAGUGUACCGUGCACAAAGGGGACAAAAUGCUCCUCAGUUAUCUGUCAAGCCUUCCAAGUUGUCUGGGAGCACUGAUCAUUUUCCUGCUGAGAAUUCGCCGUUAGGAUUGGGGAUUUCAGGAGCUGAGAAUGAUAGGAAAGAUUCCGUUGAUCUUCAUGCAAUAUCUUGGUUGGGUUCGACUAAUCUUGCAGUUGGUGCAACUCAACAUGCUGCAGAUGCAUCCGAUGUUGAUAGCGCAUUGGUCUGUGAAAGGGAGUCAUCCUCUCUCUGCCUUGAGUAUCCUGAAGUUUAUUUGCACCUGCCAAUUCUGAACUCAAAACUGGACCGAUUUUCUUUGUACAGAAAUCUCCCUGCAGCACUGAUUUUUGCAAAGUCAAACCUAAGAAAAGGAAAUAGACUUCUAGUUUGCUGCAAUGAUGGGGAAGACAUUAGUGUAUGCGUCUGUUUGGCUAUCUUGACAUCAUUUUACACUAAUGAAGGAUCUUUUGAUGAUGGGAAAUCCUUCAGUGAGACAUGUAUCACUAAGCUGGAGAUGCGACGACGACUGGUAUUUAUCUGUAAAUUUGCAGUGAAUGCCCGGCCAUCAAGAGGAAAUUUAAAACAAGUUUUUAAUUUCCUGAAGGAUCAAAGCGUUGGUUCCGGGUGCUGA